AAAUUCUAGCAAGGAAGGGAAAGAAGAAAAAAACACUCCGAUGGCAGUUGCUUCUCCGAUCUCUUCAUUUGUCUUCGUCAUCUUCUCCUUCUUUCUCAUCCCCGCAACUCUUUCAAUAGCAUCUGAAUCUCCAGAGACUUUCAUCGUCCACGUAUCAAGAUCUGAUAAGCCAACUAUAUUCACCACCCAUCACCACUGGUUCUCCUCCAUUAUCGCAUCACUCCCUCCUUCUCACCACCCCUCCAAACUCCUCUACACCUAUCACCGUUCAAUCCACGGAUUCUCUGCAAGCCUCACCGCAGCCCAAGCAACAGAGCUCCGUCGCAUCUCCGGCGUCCUCUCCGUCAUCCCAGACCGUGUCCGUUUCAUCCACACCACUCGGACUCCUCACUUCCUCGGCCUUGCCGACUCCUUCGGCUUGUGGCCCAACUCCAAUUACGCCGAUGACGUUAUCAUCGGUGUCCUUGACACCGGAAUCUGGCCGGAACGCCCAUGUUUCGCCGACACCGGCAUCUCUCCGGUUCCCUCUACUUGGAAAGGUAUUUGCGAGACCGGCCCAGACUUUCCUGAAUCGUCAUGUAAUCGGAAAAUCAUCGGUGCCAGAGCUUAUCACAGAGGCUAUGAAGCUGGACUUGGAAAGCCAAUGGAGGAAAUAAAAUCUCCGAGAGAUAUAGAAGGUCAUGGAACUCACACAGCUUCCACAGCUGCUGGAUCUGUGGUUGCUAACGCGAGCUUCUAUCAGUAUGCGAAAGGUGAAGCUAGGGGUAUGGCGAUUAAAGCUAGAAUUGCAGCUUACAAGAUCUGUUGGAGGUCAGGUUGUUACGAUUCGGAUAUAUUAGCUGCGAUGGACCAAGCGAUUACCGAUGGUGUUCACGUGAUCUCUCUGUCUGUUGGAGCCACAGGCCAUGCCCCGGAAUAUGAUCACGAUUCCAUAGCAAUCGGAGCUUUCAGAGCCGCAGAACACGGCGUUCUCGUAUCAUGCUCCGCUGGAAAUUCCGGUCCCGAUCCGUACACUGUCGUCAACAUCGCUCCUUGGAUUCUCACCGUCGGUGCUUCGACCAUCGAUCGAGAGUUUCCAGCUGAUGUGAUUCUCGGAGAUGGUAGGAUCUUUGGUGGAGUGUCCUUGUAUUCGGGAGAUCCACUAGGAGAAACCAAACUCCCAUUGGUCAAUGCCGAGGACUGUGGAAGCAAAUAUUGUUACUCAGGGAAGUUAAAUUCUUCAAAAAUUGCCGGAAAAAUUGUUCUCUGCGAUCGUGGUGGCAAUGGGAGAGUAGCGAAAGGAAGUGUCGUGAAACUCGCAGGAGGUGCGGGAAUGAUACUUGCGAACUUGGCUGACAGUGGCGAAGAACUCAUCGCCGAUUCGCAUCUCGUUCCGGCGAGUAUGGUAGGUCAGACCGCAGGUGAUAAAAUCAGAGAUUACAUCGGAUCUGAUUCAUCACCAACCGCGACGAUUGCCUUCCAAGGCACGGUUGUUGGAACAUCACCAUCGGCGCCACGUGUCGCGGCGUUUUCAAGUCGUGGACCGAAUUAUCGGACGGCGGAGAUUCUUAAACCGGAUGUUAUAGCUCCUGGUGUGAAUAUUUUGGCCGGUUGGACCGGAUAUACUGGUCCUACAGAUCUGGACAUCGAUACGCGAAGAGUGAAUUUCAAUAUUAUUUCAGGCACGUCCAUGUCCUGUCCUCAUGUGAGUGGAUUGGCUGCAUUGCUGCGUAAGGCGAACCCCAAGUGGACCCCAGCUGCUAUCAAAUCAGCAUUAAUGACCACGGCUUAUAACGUAGACAACACUGGUAAGUCUAUUACUGAUCUUGCCACUGGAGAAGGAUCAACGCCGUUUGUUCAUGGCGCCGGACACGUGGAACCAAACAAAGCUUUGGAUCCGGGGUUGGUAUAUGAUAUGGGCGUUGGUGAUUACGUAGCAUUUCUUUGCGCCAUUGGAUAUGACUCCAAGAGAAUAGCCGUGUUUGUGGGAGAUCCUGCUAUGGUGGAUUGUGGUGCACUGAGUUUAGGUAGUCCUGGGAAUCUGAAUUACCCAUCCUUCUCUGUAGUGUUUGAUACUAACAAUCGUGUGGUCAAAUAUAAGAGGGUGGUUAAAAACGUUGGGAGUUUGGUUGAUGUUGUUUAUGAGGUGCAAGUGAGUGCUCCUCCACCGGCGGUUGAGGUUAGUGUAUCGCCAAGCAAGCUGGCGUUUAGUAGGGAAAAUCAGACGUUAUCGUAUGAGAUUACAUUCAGUAGUGUUGAAUUGGAGAGAGUUGGUGGUGCAACCAAGUCCGCAUUUGGGUCCAUUGAGUGGACUGAUGGGGUUCAUCUUGUUAGAAGCCCAAUUGCUGUGGAGUGGCGUGAGGAUUCAAUGGUUACCAUGUAAGAAGGUCCUGUGCUGAUUAAUUUAUUUUGCAUGGCAAGAAGAUGAUUGAGAAUUCAGUUGGGGUUGGUGGUUUGGCUGUUGAUAUCUGAUGAUGUGAGCUAGUGUGAGCUUUUCCUUCUUUUCUGAAAGUUAAUCGACCUGUUGUACAAAUAAUGAAGAUUCCUUUCACCAAAUUAGGUCUUGGUUAUUUUUUAAUUGUUUGGUUUUUUGCAUCACAAAAGCAUGUUUCCAAGUUGUUCUGUGUUCCAAAUUGUAUUCGAG